UGAAGGUCGUCGACUUUCCGGCUGUUCCCGGUACGUCGCGGCGCAUCGGAUCCAUUGUGAAUGUAAAACGGGGAAUUGUGGGAGUCGACGGGAUCGGGAUAAGAGCGGCUGUCAAUCCACAGAGGAAGUGCGGCGGUGUGUGCGGUAAAAACCCGAAAAGCGUCUCCUAUGCCGUCAUCUUAGCCGUCGAGUGCGAGAUGUUCACGGGAACCGUCCGCAUCAAGCUGUGCGAAGCCCGGGAGCUGCGCCCCACGGACUGCUCGCGCCGCUUCGGCAAGGACGACCAGCUGUUGAACCCGUACGUGAGCAUCGACGUGGACGACACCCACGUCGCCCAGAGCACCAGCAAGCCCAAGACGCUCAACCCUGUCUGGAACGAGUACUUCGAGCACGGCGUCGUCGACGCCAAGACGCUGACCAUGACCGUCUUCCAUUACGCCGCCAUCGGGGAGUCGGACUUCGUCGCCAACUGCAGCCUCCCGCUGGAGGACCUACGCGACCAUGACAAGGACUUUUGGAUUGAUUUGGAACCAACAGGCCGAUUGCACAUUCAAGUAGACUUGGAUCAUCGUGGUAUUAAACAUUCACGUGAUGGCGAGAUUCAACGGCAAUUUAAAGAAAGGCAGCAGGGGUUUAACAGGCGACGCGGAGCUAUGCGUCGAAGAGUUCAUCAAGUCAAUGGACACAAAUUCAUGGCGACUUUCCUACGUCAACCGACAUUCUGUUCACACUGUAGAGAAUUUAUAUGGGGUUUAGGCAAACAAGGCUAUCAGUGCCAAGUCUGCACCUGCGUCGUUCACAAGAGAUGCCAUUCUUUAGUACUUACGAAAUGUCCUGGAAUGAAAGACGAAUCUACUCAACCAAACACCGGGUUCAGCGUGAAUAUUCCCCACCGUUUCGUCGUUCACAAUUACAAGAGAUUCACAUUUUGUGACCACUGUGGCUCGCUACUGUACGGACUUUUUAGGCAAGGACUCCAGUGCGAAGUAUGUUCUUUGAACGUCCAUAAAAGAUGCCAGAAAAAUGUGGCGAACAGUUGUGGCAUAAAUGUGAAAGAAAUGGCCGAAAUUUUGAAAAAUAUUGGUAAGUUGACUCCUGAGAAAUCCGUCUCACGACCUUCCAAAUGUACGCCAAAUACGCAAGCACAAGAACUUCCGUCGGACAAUGCAGAAGCCAAUAGAACUCAGUCUAAUGCCGUUAAAGAAAACGAAGACGCUCUUCCCCAAGAAGACAAGGACAAAGCAAGUGGACACAAAAUCGGCUUGGACGACUUCAAUUUUAUUAAAGUUUUGGGGAAAGGCAGUUUUGGAAAAGUCAUGUUGGCGGAGAAGAAAAAUACUGAGGAAAUCUUUGCAAUCAAGGUUCUGAAAAAAGACGUCAUUAUUCAAGAUGACGACGUCGACUGCACCAUGACUGAAAAAAGAAUUUUGGCUCUAGCGGCUAAGCACCCAUUUUUGACUGCUCUUCACUCCAGUUUUCAAACUAAAAAUCGGCUUUUCUUCGUUAUGGAAUACAUUAACGGGGGAGAUUUGAUGUUCCAGAUACAAAGGGCACGAAAAUUUGAUGAGCCUAGAGCUAAAUUUUACGCCGCUGAGGUCACUUUAGCGCUGCAGUUCCUUCACAAACACGGUGUCAUUUACAGGGACUUAAAAUUAGAUAAUAUUUUGUUGGAUGCUGAGGGGCAUUGUAAACUGGCCGAUUUCGGAAUGUGCAAAGAAGGAAUUUCUGAAGGGACCACUACUACAACGUUCUGUGGCACUCCGGAUUAUAUAGCUCCUGAAAUCUUGCAGGAGUUGGAGUAUGGUCCUAGUGUUGAUUGGUGGGCUUUAGGUGUUUUGAUGUAUGAAAUGAUGGCAGGUCAACCACCGUUCGAAGCAGACAAUGAAGAAGAUAUGUACGAAUCAAUUUUACACGACGACGUUCUUUACCCUGUGUGGUUGAGUAAAGACGCUGUCAACGUACUGAAAGGGUUUAUGACAAAAAAUCCUAACAAAAGACUGGGAUGUGUGACUUCUCAUGGCGGAGAAGCAGCCAUCAAGGUACAUCCUUUCUUUAAAGAAAUCGACUGGUUAGCUUUAGAACAAAAGAAAGUGAAACCACCUUUUAAACCUAGAAUCAAAAACAAGAAAGAUGCUCUUAACUUCGACACAGAAUUCACAAAAGAAGAGCCCGUGUUGACUCCCAUUACCGCCGAAGUGACAAACUCUAUAAAUCAAGAAGAAUUCAAAGGGUUCUCUUUCGUCAAUCCAAAUUACAAUCCUGGUCGUUACAACGCUUCAGCGGAGUAAAUUUUCUCGAUAACAUUUUUUCCAUUUCAUUUUAAUCAAGUGGGAAACUUACAUCUAACUCAGUUCUUAGGUAGAAGAUUUCUGUGAUCUUACUGGAUUAUUAUACCAGAAAUUAAAUGUAUAAUUACGAAUGGCGGCCUAAGCUCUGUAAAUAUUUUGAUGAAUUGAAAAGUUUUAUUAGAUCGAGUCAAUUUAUUAUUGUUGUGGUAGCCUUAACUCUGCACUGAUUCAGACUUCGUCACAUUUGUGUUUGGAACCAAAACAAAAGCGGCAAAUACAUAAAGAGAGCUUAUUAUGAGAGAUUUUUUUAAUCAUUAUUAUUGUUGAUAAUGUCAUAGUUUAUGUACAUUUUGUUUAACGUGUGGCACCAGCUGAUAAAAAAGCCACACAAUAACAAUAAACGUGGAGAGCAAUCAUUACGCAAAGCGUGCCUGUUAAUGUUGUAUGAAUUAAAAGUGACGACUUUAUCUGCCAUAUUGAGCUAAUUAGCAAAAUUCCAAUACAUUUCGAAGAAAUGUAGGUACUUACGUUUGUUGUUGGAAAGAGCGAAAUAUUUCAUGUCAGUAGUAGUUUAAAUAAUUAUAGUCCAGCCAGCUAAUAUAGUGAUGGAUGUUUAGAGAAUUUCCCACCAUCAUCAAACUACAAAUUUCUUUGCGUCUUUGUCUUUGGUUUGUUUCUUUCCAGCAUUAUUAAUAACGUUAUUGAACAUUUGCGUCCGUUAUUGUGCCAAAUUUUCUUUGCCUACCUCCUCUUUGUCUUUGUAUUAAGAUUUAAAUGCAGGGCAUUAAAACUUUAUUUUGUUGUAUUAGUAUGAUGUGUAAAUUGAUUAUUAGAUGGUAUUAUACCUAUUUCUCCAAGUGUACUAAAAUAUGAAUAAAUAUUAUUUAGUGUAAA